AUGCCAUUCGUGACAUAUUUUGAGAAAAUCUCAGCCUGGGAGAAAUGUCUGCCCGAUCAUCGAUAUGUCUUCUUUGUUGAUCCACUCCGAAAAUUCAUCUUGCAAACGGUUUUCCCCGUUCAAUUCACGUUGGGAGUACUGGGGAAUUCGUUAAUAUUCUGGGUGCUCACUUCUGGUGAUGCGGCAAAUAUUGCAUCGGAUUUGUUAGCCGCCGUCUCCCUUUGCGAUAUGAUGUUUCUUUUCAUGAUGGUCCCUCAUUCAUUGGCCUCAAUCGACAGUUUGGCAAAACUCUAUCACUUUCGAUAUUUCUACAUUAAAACGAAACAACACAUGGCGGCGAUUGCGAAUUGGAUGAGUGCGGCUGCGAUUUGGUUGAUUCUGGCAGUCUCAUUGGAGCGUUUCCUAAUCGUGAGAUCUCCAUUGAGAGCAAAACUUUAUUGGGAACGAGGAAGAAUGGCCACUGUACUUGGAUCGGUUUUUCUGAUAACCGGUAUUUUAACGAUUUAUCAUCAUUUCGAGUACGAUUGUCAAAUGAUCGCUUUCUGCAAUGGAACUCAGCUUUACGAUAUUUGCUAUCCCGCUUCGGAAUCCCAUCCUGCACAAUUUGGUUCUCGUGCUCAAUACAACCCGACAAAAGCUGUUCAAAUGUACAUCCGUAGCUCAACGUUUUUCAACGCUGUUUUGGUUGUUCUCGUUCCAAUGGUUGUCGUCGUUGUAUUAAAUAUUUGCCUCCUUCGGGCAUUGCGUCUCUCAACAGAGAGAAAUAUCGAGAAUUCUUUGCUCACUUCGUCUUUCUCUCGAACACAACAGAAAACGAGACGAAGAGUGACAGCAACGGUGGCUGCGAUCGGGUUAUGCUUUGCCAUUACACAGGGUCCAUCAGCGGUAAUGGCCAUUUGGGAGCUCGUCGCCGGUUUUGACAAUGUCGGAGAAAUGUUCUACAAAAUCUCCAGCAUAACGAAUAGCCUGGUCGUCAUGGGAAAAACGCUGAAUUUUGUGCUCUUUUGCCUCUCCUCGGAACAUUUUCGCUUGAAAUGUCUACGCUCGUUUACAAGGACAUUUCCAUCGCUUUCUCGUUCGGUUUCCCGUUUUUCGAGGGGUAGACGAUCAUCGGAAAAAAAUUCGCUCGAUCGACCGGCGAGUGUUCGAUCAAACAGACCCUCAAGCUCGAAAACUAUCGAAAAGCCGCCGACAACUCUCGUC